AUCUUAGGAUGACUAUUUGAACAACAGAUACUUUGCUUCAGUCUUACUUCAGAAUGUCUGUCUGUGCAUCUUCUCACAAGGAGUUUUCUCAGUUACUGCCAAUUCAGGAUAUUGGACGUAGUAAAAUAGAAAUUAAAAGCUCACCUUCUGGCAUCGGCUCUCCUGUUUAUAGCUGCAGUCAGUCUCCUCUGACAAUGCAACAGAGUCCAAUUUAUAUUCCUUCAUCUUAUGUGGAAAACAGACACGAAUAUUCUGCAAUGGCUUUCUAUAGUCCUGCCAUGAUGAAUUACAACAUUCCUAGCAAUUUCAGCGAUUCAGAAAGUGCAUCUGUAAGGCAGACAUCAAGUCCAAAUGUUUUAUGGUCUGCUCCUGGCCAUAUUUCACCUUUGACAUUACAUUGCCAGUCAUCACUUUUAUAUGCAGAGCAACCAAAGAGCCCAUGGUGUGAUGCAAGACCAGUGGACCAUGCACUGCCUAUGAACAGAGAGACAUUAAAAAGAAAAUCUAAAGGCAGUGAUUGUACAAGUCCUGCUGUGAAUAGUCCUGGUUCAAAAAGAGAUGCACACUUCUGUGCAGUCUGCAGUGAUUAUGCUUCAGGAUAUCACUAUGGCGUUUGGUCUUGUGAAGGAUGUAAAGCAUUCUUUAAAAGAAGUAUCCAAGGACACAAUGAUUACAUCUGUCCAGCUACCAAUCAAUGCACAAUAGAUAAAAAUAGGCGUAAAAGCUGUCAGGCAUGUAGACUACGGAAAUGCUGUGAAGUAGGAAUGAUGAAAUGUGGUUCAAGAAGAGAACGUUGUGGGUAUCGUAUCAUACGCCGUCAUCGUAAUGCAGAAGAUCAAGUGCAUUGCACUGGCAAAGCUAAAAAGAAUAGUGAAAAUACAACCCGAGUGAAAGAAAUCCUUCUUUGUUCACUCAGUCCUGAGCAGUUUGUUUUAACGUUACUUGAAGCUGAACCUCCUAAUGUGUUGCUGGUGAGUCGCCCCAGCAAGCCAUUUACAGAAGUCUCCAUGAUGAUGUCAUUGACAAAACUUGCAGACAAAGAAUUGGUUCACAUGAUUGGUUGGGCCAAGAAAAUUCCUGGCUUCAUAGAGCUCAGUCUGUAUGACCAAGUGAGGCUUUUGGAGAGUUGUUGGAUGGAAGUUUUAAUGGUGGGUCUGAUGUGGAGGUCGAUUGAUUAUCCUGGCAAGCUAAUUUUUGCACCAGAUCUUGUAUUAGACAGGGAUGAGGGGAAAUGUGUAGAAGGAAUUCUGGAAAUCUUUGACAUGCUCCUGGCCACAACAUCAAGAUUUCGAGAGCUGAAAUUACAGCACAAGGAGUAUCUGUGUGUCAAGGCUAUGAUUCUUCUCAAUUCCAAUAUGUUUCCAUUGUCAGCUGCUGCAGAAGAAUCUGAAAGCAACAGGAAGCUACCUCACUUGCUUAAUGCAGUAACUGAUGCUUUGGUGUGGGUUAUUGCAAAAAGUGGAAUUCCAUCUCAGCAACAGACAACUCGUUUGGCUAACUUGUUAAUGUUACUUUCUCAUGUCAGGCAUGCAAGUAACAAAGGUAUGGAGCACCUUCUGAGCAUGAAGUGUAAAAAUGUGGUCCCGGUCUAUGACUUGCUGCUGGAAAUGCUGAAUGCACACACGCUUCGAGGUCAAAGAAAGUCUGCAGUCACAGAUUCUGAAUUUGGCACAUCAGAACAAACUGAUAGUAGAGAUGAUACGCGGAAUAUGGCAGAACAGUAACUUUAUAAUUACCUGGAAGAUCAGGUUUGUAGGAAAGUGUGAAGCAAAACAACAUUAUUUAGAGCUAUCGAAAACUUGAUAUGUCUCAUGAAUCUUAGACAACCUUUUUGGGGCACUAUUCUAAUCUUUCAGAUUUGCACAUGUUUAUCUUGGAUAAGGCUGUAUAUCACCACCUGUAUUGUGCAAAGCACAUCUUGUCCAUGUUUCUGACAUAAUACUUUGCACUUACACUAAUGCUUUCUGUCUGAGACUUAUGAACACAAUACCCCUGUGAGACUGGAAAUUAUUAUUACCCCUUUUUAAAAAAUGGGUAAACUGAGGCAGAGAGAAGCUAAGUGGCUUAAGAACCAACAGCAAGUCAGUGGAGAGCUGGGAAUAGUGUCCUGACUCCCAGUUCUUGCUUUAACCACUGGACUAUGUUUUCUGUCAAUAUAUCAACAUAUGAAAUGUACAGCUGUUACAUCAUAUGGGAGAGAGUUGAUUAUGUGUAUAUGAUGACGAUCACUGGGGAAAUGCCUACAUUUCAGUUAACAUGAUUAAAAUGCCAAGACACAUGCAAAAUUUAAAUGAGUUUAUUCUUUGUAUGAUUACGCAAUGGAUGCAGAUGGAUCACAGAAACACUUCCUCAGGCUUCAUUUGAGCCACUCAGAAUUGUUUCUGGGACCACUUUAAAGACCAGCUCCAUAAACAUAAAAACAAGUUUCUUUGUUUUGUGAGCCUACUCUUAGUAUUUGAACUGUUUCUUUGUGCAUGGUUCUCAACUGCUUAAAGGUUGACUUGACUGCUUAGUCAUUUUCAUUUAAUACCACAUUUUAAAAUGUAUUGUCACUGAGAUUAAUGUGCUGUUGUUUUGUAUAUUUAUAAUGACUUAAUGUGUGAUAACUUUAUGUGUAGGUAUGAAGGAUCAAGAAAUUAAUGUUUAUUAUGUGCAUUAGUAAAAAUAAUGUGAUACAGUCCAUUGAACUAUUUUUUUUAAAUGGUUUCCUAGGCAAGUUCCCAAUCUUCCCUUCACUUCCACCUUGAGUACAGAGGUGUCUAGCAGUAUUGUCAGGUUCUUGGGGUUCUGGUAAUGCAGGGUACAUAACAUGUAGCAUGAGCAGAGAUGAGGCUCAGCUGAGAUCUGCUUUUACUUACUUGACUCAGUUUUGCUCUCUUAUUUUCAAGAGGAAGUUACAUGUAACUUGCUUUGCUAGGGAAGCUGUACCCUAAGUUAUGCUUUUUCAACCCUCCUAAAAGAAGCCUAAAUGAGAGAGGGAAAAAUGCCUCUGGGAUAAAUUCAUGGAGGAUAGGUCCAUCAGUGACUAUUAGCCAGGAUGGGCAGGGAUGAUGUCCCUAGCCUCUGUUUGCCAGAAGCUGGAAAUGGAUGACAGGGGAUGGAUCACUUACAAAGUGCACUGCUUCAUGUGUGGCAAUUCAUUAUUGGCAUGUCACUAAAUAUGUAGUCAUAUGAAAUAUCUGUCUUGUUGAUUUCUGCAGCUGUCCAAGGUGCACUGAGUCUGAGAGAACAUAUAAUAUGGCCCAUAGCCUCCGUUGGAAAAUAAGAAAAUACUUUUUCUGUCAUUUGCUUAUGUAAUAUUCUGUUUUAUGAUGGAAUUAAACUCAUUAGCCUUUGAUAAUAACACUGGAGAUUAAUGAACUUGACUAGAUACCAUAGUGUUUAGUUGUAUAUUGUGGUCAUUUUAGUUAUGUGACUACACUAAAUUAGAGAUUGAUUUGAUGUCCAUCUAAGUCAGGGUUCGGCAACCUUUCAGAAGUGGUGUGCCGAGUCUUCAUUUAUUCACUCUAAUUUAAGGUUAUGCG